CCUAAUAAUAGCUUUCUCAUUCACUCACGACAAGUGCUCUCUCUCUCCUUGAUUACUUAUCUCGUUGAGUUUGUCCUAACUUUUCUUUGGUCUCUUUGUUGCUAGCAAAACAUAAACAUUCUCCAAAGCUUACUUAGUGCAUCUUUGAAGGCUGUGCAUAAACAUCUUUGGAAUUGGUCAGACAAUUUUGGGGGCAGGCGCAGGCCCAGUCUCGAACAGCCCAAGGAAUUUCCAUAGGUUUAGUUUUCGUCCCAGCCCACAGGGUAUACGACUCUACCGGAUCGCUCGUCUUCUUCACUUCCAAAUUUUGACUCGAAUCUUGAAAGUUUGAAACAGAUAGCCAAGGGAAUAUGGCGGCUUGCUGUUCCUGGAAAACCCUACGAAUUUCCUCCUCUUCCGCUAGAACUCUCCUUCACCGUUCCUCCUCCUCUCCCUCCGCGUCUCAUUUUGUGUCCAAACCUACUAUGUCUGCCGGACUUCCUUCUGCAAAACCGCCCGCAUCUUCCCGCUUCUAUGUUCAGAAGCUUACCAACUUCAGUCAAUUUAUGGGAUUCUAUGCAUUUCUCUACUUACUGAAGACAAUCAUCGUGACGACUCACUGUUUUUAUGCUAAAUGUCGCUGCUUCUUUAGGCUUCCAGUGGAGUUAUCAAGCGUGCAGUCUCUAAUGCCAUUGCACAGUGUUACCGCUUCUGCCUUGUUUACUUCGUUGCUUUCUUUGCAUAACAACAGUUGGGGUUAUCUAUCUGAAGGAUUCGCUACACCUCUAUAGCAUGGGCGGUGCCUCCAGUCUAGAUACCAGACUGAACCCUGAGAAGAAGAUUUGGUUAUAUUGCUUGCUAGUUGCAAAUUGAUUCGGAUGUUCCUACAUCAGGAAGUGUUUGUCUCUCGCUUUUCCCUAGUUAACAAACCAUUAUAGAGAUGACAGGUGACAGGAUAUCCCUAUAUGCUUUUGUUGGUAAAAAGUUUUGCAGAUAAAGAGGAUAUUGGGAUCUCAGGAAUGACAUACGAAUUAUCGGGAACUGUUUUAUAUUGUUAUAUCUUGCACAAUUAUCUUAACUUAAGCCAAACAUUGCUAGUUUCGAUGUUUGAGGAAACUUCCCAUGAAUCCUUGUCACUGAGUUUGAUUAUCCUGCCACAUUCGGUUGGCUGUAGAUGUUGCAGAAUGAAUCGUAUAAAUUCCAUGGUGAUAUUGCUCUAGUAAGUCCUGCCAUUUUGGACCCUCAAUUUAGCCUGCGAGUUUGGCUCAUUUUAAACAUUUCUGUUCACUUUUGAAUUGGGAUCUUCACACCCCAAUCUAACAUUUCUUUCUUCGUAAACUUUAUAUAAGUAUUUUAUCA